GUGCAGAAAGUGAAGAUGGCACGCUCCAGACUAAGACCUUUAACAGGCAGAAGAAGCAAAGUGUCUCUAAAGAAUAAGACCAUCAUGAUUCAGAUGGUGCUGCUCCAAAUCAUGACUUACGCAGCAGUAGCUUGGGGCUACGUUUCCAAAACGAUGAAGAAGAGGCUCCAAGCUCAACAACUCCGAGAGGCGGUGGACGCACCGUGGUAUGUACCUAACAGAGUGCUAUAUGACGAACUACGACAGGUACCGGUCGUAAUCCAGAUGAGAGAGAGGGUCCGAAAGUUCUUUGAAAAGAACGAAAGACACCGAAAUGUGCUGAUUAAAGACGCCUUGGAUUACGACCCAAGAACAAUAAGGCGUAAUUUGGAUAAUGUGUCACAAAUUAUCGACAUAGUAAGUAUACAGUCAUUAUUUGUCCGCAGCAACAUCAACGCUAUUCCCACUCUCCAAACGAUAUUCUUCAUCUUCGAGAUAUCUCUUGGAAUGCGUUUGUAUGUGUACAAAAUCAUGGGGGGUACUGUUAUACCAGCAGCCGAAAAUGUACACAAGACGAAUUCAUACAGAAAAAUGCAUUCUAAAAUUAGAUUGGGAGCAAUUAUAGCAGAGAAAUUUACAUUGCUUUUACGCAAAAACCGUAAGUCGGGGGACGCCAAGCGAUCGACUAAGGAGUUAGAUGGAGAAUUGGGUAAAAUAUAUAUGAAUAAGGGAAAUUGUCCAGAGCACCGUCCCACGAUUAGGAAGCUGAACUGGAGGUAUAAGGCUUGUUCUGGUAACGAAUCUAUGACGGUUGUGGACGGUUUAGAACAGUUAACCAAGAAGGAACUGACGUUCUUUUGA